GGAUGAGAAAGAAUUAUGAGACGUAGUAAAUUAGUUUUACAAUAUAAUCUCUCGGCGCGGCCACUCCCCUCUUCCUCUUCCCCUGGGAAAAAGCCGAGUGCUUUCGUUAUUUUCUCCUCUGGCUGCACUCCACCUCAACUGUAGCUUUCUUCCGUUUUCCUUUUUCACCUCUACUGUAAAACUGACAUACACACUCAGAGAGAGAGACAAAGAGAGAGACCUCCCACUGCAUUACGACCAUACACUGAGUCAAAUUUUCAUUCUUCUUCUUCUUCUUCUUCUUCUUCUUCUUCUUCUUCUCUAGUUCUUGUCUUUUGGACGAGGGAAGAAGAAAGAACGAAGAAAAUGGGUGGACCCCGUUAGACAUAGCUAUAUAUUUGACGCCUUUCAUGCUUUGGCUGCUGCUCCCUGGCUUUUCAGCUUCUGGGAUUCGCAAAUGUUGCAGAAUACCCAAAACCAAAUGGAUAUAGAAGCAAGAGGGGACCGCCGUCGGCGUCGGCCUCGCCGUUCCCGACCCCGUCGUCCUCCUCCCCCUGUGGCCGAGGAGACCCGCUACUUCUCCGAUUCUGAAGACCAGUCGUGGCACUCUCCGCCAAAUUCCAUCCCUGGCGACGAAUGCACGUUGUCCGAAGCAUCAGUUUUUUCGGACCGUUCGUCGGAGGUGGAUUUGGAGGUUGGUGCUUCAGAAUUAAAGGUGUGUUUGGCUGAGGUGGAGAGAGAUUGUAGAAUUUGCAAACUGAGCUUGGAGGGCUCUGCGCAAGAAUCAGGGGAUCCAAUUGUGCUGGGUUGUUCUUGUAAGGGUGAUUUGGGUACUGCCCACAAGCAGUGUGCCGAGACUUGGUUCAAGACCAAGGGCAAUACAACAUGUGAAAUCUGUGGAGGAACUGCUGUAAAUGUGGCUGGUGAGCAGAUAACUGAGGCAAACAAUGUUACUUCAGAAUCCGUGGCAAUACCAGCAGAACCUGCUAACCCUACAGAAGCCCAUAGUUUCUGGCAUGGCCGCCGCAUUAUGAAUUUCCUGCUGGCCUGCAUGGUCUUUGCUUUUAUCAUUUCUUGGCUGUUUCACUUCCAUGUAUUCUCAUGAGUUGCUGGAAAAAAAGGUGCAGCUUUUUCAUUCACUAUGAUGCGGGUUAUCAGGAAUGAGUGCUUCUAUUCUCCUUGUUUGCUUUCAUAUCUUGUUCCAACCCUUUCCCAGGGUCCCUGCUUUUCUCAAUCAAAUUUAGUGUUGUACUAGCAGAAUCCAUGUAAUGCAGUAUUUAACACAAAUGAAGGAGAAAAGAAAGAAAUUACUUUUGUGCGCGUACAAA